UCGGCACGCAGAGCCCACCAGCACCAUCCUCCUUCUGUCUCCCCGCCGUGCGCGUUUCCAGUUCCCCCGGAGGCAAAGAACACCCCCGAUCUCCCCUGCCCCCAGCCUUCGCCACGCGGGGGCCGCGCGACGCGGAGAAGCUUCCAAGCCGGCGGCCCGACGCCGCCACAACCACAGCCACCGUCUCCCUCGCCCCAUCCCCCCGCUUCCCCUCCUCCGGCCGGCCGGCGUCGCGGCCAAGCGGAGGGCGGCGAGAUGUGGGUGUUCUACCUGAUAUCGCUACCCCUCACGCUGGGCAUGGUCGUCGUCACGCUGCGCUACUUCGCCGGCCCGGGCGUGCCGCGCUACGUCAUGGCCACCGUCGGCUACGCCUGGUUCUGCUCCCUCUCCUUCAUCAUCCUCGUCCCCGCCGACAUCUGGACGACAUUAAUUGGUUCUGAAAAAGGUGGAAUUGGAUUCUUCUGGAGCUGGUCGUAUUGGAGCACAUUUAUCUUAACAUGGGCUGUAGUGCCUACUAUUCAAGGCUAUGAAGAUGCUGGAGAUUUCACUGUUAAAGAAAGGCUGAAAACCAGUAUUCACAUGAACCUGCUCUUUUAUUCAAUUGUAGGAGCUAUUGGCCUCUUUGGACUUAUACUGCUUUUAGUCAUGCAUAGAGCUUGGGAUGGAGGUAUCGUGGGCUUUGCAAUGGCAUGCUCAAAUACCUUUGGACUGGUAACUGGUGCUUUUCUUCUUGGUUUUGGGUUGAGUGAAAUACCAAGAAACAUUUGGAAAAAUGCAGACUGGACUCACCGCCAAAAAGUACUUUCUCAUAGAGUUGCCAAGAUGGCUGUAAAGCUUGAUAAUGCUCAUCAAGAAUAUUCAAAUGCGAUUGUUGUUGCUCAAGCCACUUCAAAUCAAAUGUCAAAGCGUGAUCUCUUAAGGCCUUAUAUGGAUAUCAUUGACAAAAUGGUUGCUCAAAUGCUGCGGGAUGAUCCAUCUUUCAAGCCUUCUGGUGGCAGAUUAGGCGAAAAUGAUAUGGACUAUGAUACAGAUGAUAAGACAAUGGCCACACUGCGACGUCAACUUAGGAGGGCCCAUGAGGAGUACUAUAGGUGUAAAAGUGAAUAUAUGACUUAUGUCAUGGAAGCUCUGGAUCUAGAAGACACAAUUAAAAAUUACGAACAGCGUGAUGCAAAUGGAUGGAAAUAUGUAUCAAGUUUUAGGGAUAGCCGAUCAGGCACACUGGGAUCACUUUUGGACACUAUGGAGUUCAUAUGGCGCUGUAUACUUAGAAAGCAGCUUCAGAAAGCACUCGCCGUUAUCCUUGGUUCCAUGUCAGCUGCCAUACUGUUGGCAGAAGCUACUUUGCUGCCAAGUGGUGUUGAUUUAUCACUUUUUUCCAUUCUUGUGAAGUCUGUGGGCAAGCAAGAGGUUUUAGUCCAGGUUGCGGCAUUUGUCCCUUUGAUGUAUAUGUGUAUUUGCACAUACUAUUCACUAUUUCAGAUUGGGAUGUUAAUGUUUUAUUCUCUCACUCCACGGCAAACAAGUUCCGUCAGCUUGCUUAUGAUCUGUUCGAUGGUUGCAAGAUAUGCGCCUCCUAUUUCUUAUAACUUCCUGAAUCUCAUUCGUCUAGGUGGUAAUGUUAAAACCACUUUUGAGAAGAGAAUGGGGAACAUUGAUGAUGCAGUUCCGUUCUUUGGGAGAGGCUUCAACAGGAUCUAUCCGCUAAUUAUGGUUGUUUAUACGCUCCUUGUUGCUAGUAACUUCUUUGGACGUGUCAUUGACUAUUUCGGAAGCUGGAAAAUAUUCAAAUUCCAGCGUGAAGAAGAGAAUAUGGAUGGUUUUGAUCCAUCUGGAAUGAUUAUUCUGCAAAAAGAGAGAUCUUGGAUUGAACAAGGAUAUAAAGUCGGCGAACAGGUUAUUCCAUUGGCAAGGUUCAAUGGCGCGAAUAUAGAUGUUGAAUCUGGAAAGGUACCAUUGGUUGAAAAUACAGUGGAGAUGAAAGUGGGAGCAUCUAGAGUUGAUGGCAGAGCUGGCAAUUCAAAAUAUGCCCACAACAGGGAAAUUAUUUCCAACAAGUAUUCAUCUGUUAGAGAUCAGAGUCGGCAGGCAGGGAAGCCAAUGAAAAAGGAAACCGUGUCAACAUCUGUAUCUCUGCUUGAAGAAGAGAAUUCUGAGCAGCGGUCGUCUGCUGGAAUUUCCCAAACAUGGGCUUCAAUGAAGAUUGGUUUUCAGAACUUUAAAGCGAAUAUGGGUUCCAAGAAGUUUACUCCUCUGCGGCAAGACCCAGGAUUUACUCCUCAUUCGAAUCUGUCUUCGCCUGAAUCACUUGAUGACAUCUUCCAAAGGAUAAAACGUCGCCCUGCAGACAUGCCUGUAGAUUACCUUGACGAUGACGAGGAUGAUGACAAUACUGGAGACAUGGAUCCUACAUUUCCAGGAUCGAGGAGAUAGGCUGUGAUAUUCCUAUAAGUUAGAAUAUUCAAUUCAGGAAUUAAAGGAUUUGGUAGCAUUAGAUGCAGAAUAGAGGAAGAUACAGGAUGUAUAGAUUAGAUGAUGGUUUUGGUGUGCUUCACGGAAGCUCAAGACGCCUGCCCAUCUGGAAAGCUGCAAACAUGAAAGCAUGACAUGAUGACAGGCCCUGCAGAAAGGACAGCGGAUUCUCCCAACAAGAGAUCAUGGGAGCGUGGCUGGAUGACACUUUUCUGCUUUACACACACUAUGCAGGAAAUAGGCAUUGCUGACAUGUUCUUUUUUCCUUGUUAAAUGACAAAUUUGUAUUGGAGAUAACUGAUUCAUACUUGAGGCUGACGAGUGUAAGCUGUAAAAGAAUGCAUACGUACGAUAUGAUGCUCUGGGCUGAAAACAAUGUGACUGCUCUAAUGUAUUAAAUGAAAAAGAAGUCCACGAGUGUUUCUGCGGUGGUA